GCGCUCCCUCCCUCCAGACUCCAGACGCCCUCCUCUGACCGAGGGAAGUGGCCAGGGCCACAGAGAAGGAGAGAAGCUGCAGACACAGAAGAAGACAAGAGACCCUGCAUUGCUGGGUGGACCGCGGAACUCAGAGGGGUGGACAGACUGCGCAAGGACAGCCGGCCGGCAAGAGUGGGAGCUCUCAGAGCAGAGCGCAAAAAGCUAGAAUUCCGCGCGGAGCUGCCAGGCUGACCGACAGACGGUCAGACUUACAGACUUGCAGAGGGUCCGAAGGAGCAGCCCGGAGGCGGAGGCUCCUCCACUCUCCAUUGCCCGCGGCGAGAGUCCCAAGCAGCGAUUAGCCGCAGGGGCGGCGGGACCAGGAGCCGCAGCCAACACGGUGGCCGCCGCAGCCCUGGCUGCCACAGCUGUGCGGGAUCCCAGCCGACACUGCGGAAAGGUCCUUUGACUAGCAGUUAAAUAAAUCGACCAAACAAACAAAAAGCAACAAAAAAGACAAGCAAAAACCAAACCAAACCAAUUCAGCCAAAUCAAUCAUUAAGAACGAUAAUAUCAAUAAAAGCCAAAACCAAAUCAAAUCAACCAAGGCAACAAGACGCUGGGCGUAUAGCCACUGUUUGGUCAAGGUUGACGAUGAUGUGUCAAAGACGACAGAAGCCGCGAGUAAGUCGCCAAGACCUACAGCAGGGACUCUGCGUGAAAGGGCAGAAGACUUUGUUUUAAUUUGCAUCUGUGAGGAUGUCUGAACAAGGAGACCUGAACCAGGCUAUCGUGGAGGAAGGAAGGACUGAGCAGGAGGCUGCCACUCCGGAGAACGGCAUAGUUAAAUCAGAAAGUCUGGAUGAAGAGGAGAAGCUGGAGCUGCAGCGGCGGCUGGCAGCUCAGAAUCAAGAGAGAAGAAAAUCUAAGUCAGGAGCAGGGAAAGGUAAACUGACUCGCAGUCUUGCUGUGUGUGAGGAGUCGGCCAGACCAGGAGGCGAAAGUCUUCAGGAUCAGGAAUCAAUUCAUUUACAGCUUUCCAGUUUUCCCAGCCUGCAAGAGGAGGAAAAAUCUAGGAAAGAUGACUCUGAAAGAGAAAAAGAAAAGGAUAAAAACAAAGAUAAAUCCUCUGAAAAAUCCAAGAUCAGAAUGUUAUCAAAAGAUUGCAGUCAAGAAUAUACAGAUUCUACAGGCAUAGACUUACACGAGUUUUUGAUUAACACUUUAAAGAAUAAUUCCAGGGACAGGAUGAUUCUCUUGAAAAUGGAGCAGGAAAUUAUUGAUUUCAUUGGUGACAACAAUAACCAUUAUAAAAAGUUCCCUCAGAUGUCAUCAUAUCAGAGGAUGCUGGUUCAUCGGGUGGCAGCUUACUUUGGAUUGGAUCAUAAUGUGGAUCAAACAGGAAAAUCGGUUAUCAUCAACAAGACCGGCAGCACCAGAAUACCAGAGCAAAGGUUUUGUGAACAUUUAAAAGAUGAAAAAGGUGAAGAAUCCCAGAAGCGGUUUAUCUUGAAGCGAGAUAACUCUAGUAUUGAUAAAGAAGACAAUCAGAAAAACAGAAUGCAUCCAUUUAGAGAUGACAGACGAAGUAAAUCAAUUGAAGAGAGAGAAGAGGAAUAUCAGAGAGUGAGGGAGAGAAUAUUUGCACACGAUUCAGUUUGCUCCCAGGAAAGCCUUUUUGUGGAAAACAGUAGGCUCUUGGAAGACAAUAACAUAUGCAAUGAGACCUAUAAGAAAAGACAGCUGUUUCGGGGCAACAGAGAUGGCUCAGGGAGAACGUCUGGGAGUCGACAGAGCAGCUCAGAGAAUGAACUCAAAUGGUCUGACCAUCAGAGGGCCUGGAGCAGCACAGACUCUGAUAGCUCCCACCGCAAUCUGAAGCCCACUAUGACCAAGACAGCAAGUUUUGGGGGCAUCACGGUGCUGACCAGGGGUGACAGCACAUCCAGUACCAGAAGUGCCGGGAAGCUGUCUAAAACAGGUAGUUCUGAGUCUUCCAGCAGUGCAGGUUCCUCAGGGUCUCUGUCCCGCACCCAUCCACCUCUUCAGAGCACACCCCUGGUCUCAGGGGUGGCCGCCAGCUCACCGGGCUGUGUGUCCUAUCCAGAGAAUGGAAUGGGGGGCCAGGUCGCUUCCAACAACACCAGCUACAUCCUCCUUCCACUUGAAGCUGCCACAGGCAUCCCGCCGGGAAGCAUCCUUCUUAAUCCACACACAGGCCAGCCCUUCGUGAAUCCCGAUGGAACUCCUGCAAUAUACAACCCACCUGCCAGCCAGCAGUCCCUGCGGAGCGCCAUAGUGGGGCAGGCCCAGCAGCAGCCACAGCAGCAACCCUCCCCUCAGACGCAGCAGCAGGUGCAGCCUCCGCAGCAGCAGAUGGCGGGCACCCUGGUCACUCAGCCUGUCCAGGGCCUACAGGCAUCCUCCCAGUCAGUGCAAUAUCCAGCAGUCUCUUUUCCUCCCCAACAUCUCCUGUCUGUGUCUCCAACGCAGCACUUCCCCAUGAGAGACGAUGUGGCCACACAGUUCAGCCAGAUGAACCUGAGCCGCCAGUCCUCAGGAGAGACUCCUGAACCCCCUUCAGGUCCAGUCUACCAGUCUUCUCUCAUGCCACAACCCACCCAGCAGCAAAGCUAUGUCAUUGCCUCCACGGGCCAGCAGCUUUCUACCGGAGGUUUCUCAGGCUCUGGCCCUCCCAUCUCCCAGCAAGUUCUUCAGCCCCCUCCCUCACCACAGGGAUUUGUGCAACAGCCUCCACCCACACAGAUGCCUGUGUAUUAUUAUCCAUCUGGUCAGUACCCUACCUCAACCUCACAGCAGUACCAGCCCAUGGCCUCAGUUCAGUAUAAUGCUCAGAGGAGUCAGCAGAUGUCACAGGCAGCACAGCAAGCAGGUUAUCAGCCAGUCUUGUCGGGUCAACAGGGCUUCCAAGGCUUAAUGGGAUUGCAGCAGCCACCUCAAAGUCAGAGUGUGAUGAGCAACCAACAAGGGACUCCGGUGCAAAGUGUAAUGGUCUCCUACCCAACAAUGUCUUCUUAUCAGGUGCCAAUGACCCAAGGUUCUCAAGGACUGCCCCAGCAGUCAUACCAACAGCCAAUCAUGCUACCUAACCAGGCAGGCCAAGGGUCACUCCCAGCCACUGGAAUGCCUGUUUACUGUAAUAUCACACCGCCAACCCCUCAGAACAACCUUAGGCUGAUUGGUACACACUGCCCCUCCAGCACUGUCCCUAUGAUGUCGGCUAGCUGCCGGACAAACUGUGCAAGUAUGAGCAAUGCUGGUUGGCAAGUCAAAUUCUGAGAGCUAUGGCUGUAGAACAUUUCAUCGAAUAUUAUUCAUGGCCUUUAAGGGAAGAGGAGCAUGUUGGGGAAAAUGACUGAGGAUUUAAGCAUUCUCUCAACCCUCAAAUGAUUGCUGCUGGUAUUCUGUAAAAACUAAACAAAGACUAAUACACACAUUAGCUGGUUAAUGGUGCAUAUUACUGUCAUGUCUGCUAGGUAUGCCUUCAUAGCUUAGCUAGUGACAUGAAUUCAUCAAGGUAAGAUUUUCUCCUACCACUGAAUACCACUGUGUAGAUUAUAAUAUCCCUAAUUUGGAUUAGUUUUGUACUUUGUGUUGAGUUUGUGAUGCUAAAAGUAUUUAAAAAUUAUAUACUAAAUCACAUUGUACCAAAGCUGUAAUGGAAAAGAAUUGAUGAAUGGAAGGAAUAAUUUAUAUACACUAUAGAGUUU